AUGACUGGAUUGAAGACUGCCAACUACACACUCGCGAUCAAUAAUGGAUUGAAGGCAAUCCAUGAUUGUCACGUGCAGAUCGGCUGUGUCAUAGUUGAUGGAGGAACAGCACAAUUGGCUGCACUUACUGGUAAGGAUAAUUCCAUCCUUGCCUUAUCCAAGGUGCAAUGGAUGAAGGAAAUCAUUGUUGUACCCUGUAUUUGCCACAGGGUACACAAUGCUUAUAAGGCGGCAAUGAACCAUCCAGCAAUUUCACCAUUGAAGGAUCAAUUGCUGGAAGUUGCCGAAAUAUGCCGCCAGCAUGUCGAGGUUUUUGGAUCAAGAUGCCCAUCCAAUGUCGAAACAAGAUGG